GCUGUGGAGUGCAAGACAGCCAUUUUAACAUUAGCCUAAUAUAUACUAUUAUCACGAUAUACACAAUGAUGUCAAACAUUGGGCAGUGUGGUAUCACAUCUUCGAAGACGGUUCUGGUGUUCUUGAACCUCAUUUUCUGGGCAGCUGCGGGUAUUCUGUGUUAUGUUGCUGCUUAUGUUUUCAUCACGUAUGACAACUACGAUCACUUCUUUCAAGACGAGUACACAUUAAUCCCCACCAUAAUCAUAAUUGCUGUUGGCACCCUCCUGUUCAUCGUCGGCCUGAUUGGAUGCUUUGCCACAAUACGGGAAAGCCGCUGGGGGCUGGUGACUUUUGUGAUCGUUCUCCUGCUGGUGUUUGUCACAGAAGUCAUUGUGGUGGGGCUGGGAUAUAUUUACAGAGCAAAGGUAGAAGAUGAAGUCAGUCACUCCAUUCAGAAGGUGUACAAUCAAUACAAUGGGACCAACUCAGACGCUCAGAGCCGUGCCAUUGACUACGUACAGAGACAGCUCCACUGCUGUGGAAUUCACAACUACUCAGACUGGCAAAACACACACUGGUUCAAGGAGUCCCGAAACAACAGCGUUCCAGUGAGCUGCUGCAAGCCCAGUGCCAUCAACUGCUCAGGUUCUCUCACCUGUCCCAGGGAUCUCUACACAGAGGGAUGUGAAGCUCUUGUUGUGAAGGAGAUGAAGGAAAUCAUGGUCCUUGUGUUCUGGGCUGCACUAACAUUAGCUGCUUUACAGAUGCUGGGAGUAGUGUGUGCCUGUGUGGAGCUGCUCAGCAGGGAUCGCGAACCUGUGUAUCAGCUGCUGAUCAUUGGAAGAAACUACUAAUGGAGGACAGUUCUGGCUGAUCGAGGACAUCUGUCUGUGUGUGGAUGACUCAGGAGGGAGGACCAGACAAAUACCAAUGCCCUCCCUCUACAAUGAUGAUGGGUUAAAGCGGCAAAAGAACUAUUUAUUUACAUGUUUUGGAAGCUGGUAUUUUUUGUCAUUUAAACCUUUUUUUAAGUGCUUUGAAAUGCUGUCAGCCAAAGUCUCUACAAUGUCAAUAAAAUAUUAAUGUGUUCUAUUUGCUAUGAAAACAACUGGCCGCUUAACCUACUUUUUUUAUUUCCCUUCUUUUUAGGGUGGGGUAGGGGAGGUUGAACCUUUGGGGUCACACCAAAAUGAGAAACUGCUGUAUGGAACAAUAUUUGGAAUGUACUCUUUCCUCAUGUGUCAGUUUGCACUAUGUGUAGGGCUUUGGAAAUAUUUUAUAAAUAUUUAAUAAUUUGUAAAUGUGAGGGAUGCCUAUUGUAUGUAUGUGUGUAUGAAGUUACCUUGGGCUAUUCUUAGUCCUGAAUAAUCCCUGCCAAUCUUCAGGCAGCACUCCUGAGUGAGAGUAAUACCAGGGUAAUAUUGGGUCCCUUUGGCGAUACAAGAUUUUAGGGAAAGGUCAGGUUCUAGUCUUUUUAACUAGAUCCAGUCUAAUCCCCCAGUCAAGUAGCUGGAGAACAUGCUCCCAUAAACAAAAUGCAAACUGGCUCUUUUUGGGGGAGAAUGGUGUAUAUGCACUACAUACUCUGUACUAACAUGUUUAGUAUAUUAUUUUUCUGUGUUUUAUGUGAUGUAAAAUGUACUGUUAGAGUAUAGACUAUUGAUUUAGACACAGGUAGCUGUGUAGAACAACAUAAAUGAUGUAAUGAAAUGACUGCAAAUAGG